AUGGUCAGAAAAUGCUGCCCUGAACGCACGGGGCUCCAGGCCAUUAUCAGUUGUACAGCUUACCACUCGCCCCUCGAACACACGUACAUGUGUACGUGUACAGCAACGAUGAAGUUCAUUCCCCAAGUUCUGGCGACGAUGACGCUAGCGGCAAGUUGCGCUGCUGCGCUCGAAAACGGCAUCCAACUGAGCGAGGUCUACGGCGGCCCUCACGGCCACAAGUACUCGGAUAUGACCCCAAUUGGCUUCUAUUUGACUCAUGUCGUUGCCGCUGCCGACCCGUCCAGGAUGAUGGAGUACCUGGCGUCGCUGCCCCAGGAGGAGCAGACGCAGCUGCUGCAGAGCGCCAUGGGCAAGCUGGACUCCUUCGAGGAACAGGCCGAGCAGAGCCGCACGCGCGAGGGGCUCAUCCAGCGCUUCAAGCAGGCGCGCGCCCGGUUCGUGCGGCCCGGAGGCGCCUUCGCCGAGCAGCUAGACGCGGGGCAGAUCUCGCCGGACGCAGUGCAGGUCAGCAUGUCCAACACCAACGCCAAGCCCAACCUGGACAUGAGGUCGCUGAAAAGCCUAAAACCCAUGAUCGCCCAGGAGCUCGUGGUGGGCGACCACCCACCGAGGGCGGUACCUGUGUGGUUGGUGGAGAUCGGGGCCUACGGACUCGUGGACCCGGAGCUGCCCCCGUUCGAGCGCCAACACGCUCUCGCCAGUCGGUUUCCUAAAGGACAGCCCAUUGUGGUGUUCGAGCCGUACUAUAAAGUUCGACAGGAUAUGUCCGAGGGCAUUCGAGUGGAGCAGCCCAUGGAGCUGGUCCCGUGGAGAGACGUGCCCAAGGACUUGGAGGCGUGGAAGAAGCUCGGCAACGACUCCUUCAGUGCUUUGAACUCUGUGAACGAAGGGCGGGGAGCGCUGGCGUGCUACGAACGCGCGAUCCAACAGGUGAAGGAGGAGGUGGAGAAGCUGGCGGUGCUGCUCAACAACAUUGCGACCUGUCGGUUCAAGACAAAGGACUACAAGGCCGCGGCGCAGCUUGCGGGUACGGCAGUGCAUCUCGACCCUGCGUACGUGAAAGGGUGGUUCCGGCUGGCGUCGGCUCUUGUUGAAGACUCGGAGGCUGGGGGGAAGACACGCGUGCUGGCUGAGCGUGUGGUUGCGCAUGCGCGUAGUGCUGUCCCGAACUUGUCGGCUAAGGAACGACGUCUGCUUGAGGGCACGCUCAAGAAGGGCGAGUCAACUGCGUCAACGGACGAGGUUUCGUCGCUGCAGUCGUACGUGGAGUGGUGUAUGGAGCUGGACUCGCCUGGGUUUUUGAUGGUUGCCAAGGACAGUCUAGAUGACACCAAAGAUGCUGACGGAUGGCGCAAGGCAGGAUCCGAGUUUUUCACGAAGGGCGACUAUCGUGCAGCAGAGGAGUGUUAUCGGAAGGGGAAGCUGGGGACAGCUCAGGACAAGUGUAUUGCUGAUUUGAACACAAUCCGUGGUAACGUUGUUUCAAGAGCGUUUUCGUCGGCAGAAAGCAGAGAACGAGUGCAGGAAUUCAAGACCAGAAUGAGCACUGAAGUUGAGCGCCGCUCAAAGCAACUAUCAGAGUCGAAAGCCGCUCACAAGGUUUCAGAUGUACCGACUGAUGUGCAGCGCCAGCAGCGCGACGCCUUACAGCCGGACAAUAUCGUCUCGGCCAUUAUGCGUGAGGAAUCCAAGGCAGAGACCUCGCCUCUAGGGUCGAUGGGCGGAGAAGAAAAGGAAUCUAUCGAUGAGUACAUUGCGAGAAUGGAAGCUUUUGAGAACAUGAUACGCUUUGGCUUCACUGCGGCUAAAUCCAAAUCGAAGCGCCAGCAGAAGGACCUCCCGCGCGAGAUGACAAUGAAUCGACCCCACGUUUGCACAAAAGGUACUGCACCGAGCCUACCUGGAUGCCAGCGCAAACCUGUGGAUUAUGGCGGUGCUAUACCCGCGUACGACUCUCGCAUUCGCUCCAAUUUCGCCAAUAACCCUAACCGAGCGGAGGUAUAUUUCUUUGGAACGACCCACGUCGCUAUCGGCUUCAAUGACUUCAGCAGUCUUCUCGCUGCGAGGAUUCAAGAGAAAUCAGCGUCCACCAGUGGUCCGUUGAGGUUCGUGGGAUUCGAGAUGAGCGAAUUCGCAGUUGCCAAGUGCAAGGUCAUCGCGAGUAUGCUUGGGUCGCCCGAUGUGUCGAUUUCGAGCGUGAUGGAGGUGUGGCUUUCGUCGACUUGGAGUGAGGCUACACUGGAUGAUUUCCGGAAUUGCUUGAAUGUAGUAUUGAAAUCACUGCAAGGAAGAAAGGAGAACCCCAAGGUGAUCGCAUACUUGAAGCACUGGGCAGCGACAGAGACUAUCUCUGCUUCAAAAGCAAGGGCAGAGUUCUUCAUGAACUUGGAGAGAUACAACGAAAAGUCGUUGAUCUCGGCAAGCUGUUUCCGCCGUGAGAUCGAUAGGCUCGAUUUGGUCCAGUACAUGCUAACUGGUGAAGUCCGAGCAUCCGCCAACGUGCUCAACGUGCUGGAGAAGGAACAGAGUGGGUCUACCAAUACGAAAACAGUCAAGUGCGAAGAAGAGCGGCCGGAAGAAGUCCUAGCAACCAGUGUCUCUUCGCUGGUUGGUAGCGUGACGAUGUGGAACGUUCCUACUGGCGCUCCGCCUCUCGAGGAGGACAUUGCUUUUAACACCGUGGAUUUCAUGAGCUUGGUGGAGGACUAUGUGGGGCGACAAAGCAAGCAGAAACACUCUGUGGAUAGGCUUUCGGUUGCUGACCUGUUUAUUAUCCACGUUAUGACGAACCUUCGCCGUCUCCGCGAUUUAAUGUUGACGAACAAACUCACUAUCGAAGUGGCGUAUGGCGUCAAGGCGGUUCGAAGUGCAGCAGCGAACGACCCUGAAAACCAAGAACUUUUGGCGCGUAUUGCUAUGUUGCGCCCGUACACGAUCUCGUGGUCGAACGUCCUGGACUACUUCCUUCCGGAAGAUUUCCACGACUUGGCACGUCGCUGCUCGAUGUCCGGCGAUUGCGUGCAUUACGGCUACAGUAUGAACUGGCCAACUCAAGUGUAUGGAGUGUCGAUUCUUGACUAUGACCCGGAACACUCCAAGCAGCUGAUCGACACGACACUGGACACGGCGCUCGGCUUCUCCGAUAGCUCUGGCUCCUCGGUUCCUUUGACAAUGGAUCUAUUCAAGAUGAUGGAGCUCGACAAGCUGGUGCUUUUACCUUUUCGUCUACAAGCGGCACUGGAUUGA